AAAACGAGAAGAUGGCGUCAAGUACGAUAUCACGUGUAAAUCAGCUGUACUUUGUGCUUCGAACUCGAGAUAACCUCUUUGCGUGUGUUAAAAGACCUUUUCCCGUUUCCUUUCCCCUUAACUCUUUAAUGCCUAUGAGGAGUAUACUUAAUAUAACGUCAAAAGUCGAACGAUCGAUCAGUAUUCAUCGAGAAAUUCAGAAGCUCAUCGAUUCGAAGACAUUCGUUUUUAUAUUCGCGUGAAUAUUAUCAACGAUAAGGAUAGAUUCAUUUUUUAACAUUUAUAUAUAUAUAAUUUGUCUCUUACUCUCAUUCUUUUUCGUUCGUUCUUUUUUCUUUCUUUUUUUUUUUCCAACAAAGGCGCGAGUGACGCGCGCAUACACAUAAUACACAUAUAUAUAUAUAUAUAUAUAUAUAUUCAAAAUUUAGGCGGGAAAUUUAGUGCCAGUGUUAAAUAUAUUUCAAUAGUCAAUUGGAAAGAUUGAAAAUUUUAAUUCUUUCAAUCUGUCAGCACACGGAGGAAUGCAAAAGGAUUGUCGAGACUGUUUGGGUAUCCGAUACCGCAUCAACAGUCUGGAUCAAACGUGGAAGUGGUUACAUCAGACCAUUGCCCUUCACGACUAUCUAAUAUCCAUCACGGCGAGUCAAUCCGACGUCUCGAGACAUACAAUUUAUUAGAGUAAGAGUGAGAAAAUAAGAAAGAAAAGAAUUUUUUAUUUACGGAGAAAAUUAUAAAGCAAGGCUAUUUCUCUGAUCUCACAACUUCUUGUCUCGAGGUAAUAUAAUAUUAGAAAAAGAAUAAUAAUAAUAAUAAUAAUAAUAAUAAUAAUAAUAAUAAUAAUAAUAAUAAUAAUAAUAAUAAUAAUAAUAAUAAUAAUAAUAAUAAUAAAAAGAAGAAGAAGAAGAAGAAACCUUGACGUUCAUUUAGUCCUAAGACUGAUAAAAAGUAUCGUCGGAUUGUAUUCCUAAUAACAUAGGAAGAAAGAAAAAUAAUAAUAAAAAAAAAAAAAAAGAACAAAACAA